AAUUUAAGAAUAUAUUUUAAAUAUGAAAAUAAAUAUAUACGUACGCACGUUUUUGUUGAAAAGUGUUCUUUAAGCUAAUUUAAAAAAAUAAACUUUAUUUGUAGGAUCUGAGUCGGUAAAUUUUGUUUACUGAAUAAAUUGUAAUGGUAUAUCUUAUCUCUUACAUCUUACAUUCUUUUCACUUAACUACUUCUACGUUCUCUUGUGUACAAGGUUCAAGGAGACUAAGAAUACGGGAAUUAUGGCACUUUUUGGUUGUGAUACAUUUGUAGUUCUUCCAAAUUUGUGUGCAAGUAGUGAUAUAAUAUUUGGAAAGAAUUCCGAUAGACCAAAUGGAGAAGUUCAAGAAGUUGUAUUUUUCCCAUCACAAACUCACAAACCUUCUGAAAAACUUCAGUGUACUUACAUAGAAAUUGAUCAGGUUCCCUCAACUCAUGCAGUGUUUCUUAGCAAGCCAGCUUGGAUGUGGGGAGCAGAAAUGGGGGCUAAUAACUGUGGGGUGGUUAUCGGAAAUGAAGCAGUGUGGACAGUAGUUGAUGAUGAUAAUGAUACUGAAAGAUUGCUGGGAAUGGAUUUACUUCGCCUUGGUUUAGAAAGAGCUUCAACCAGCAAUGAAGCUGUUAGUGUAAUAACCACACUAUUAGAAAAGCAUGGCCAGGGUGGGCCUUGCUCUGAUUCUGAUGCAGGUUUAUUGUAUCAUAAUUCAUUUUUAAUCGCAGAUCAAAAAGAGUCAUGGGUCCUAGAGACGGCAGGAAAAUUGUGGGCAGCUGAGCGUGUUACUAAUGGAUUUAGAAAUAUAUCAAAUUGUCUGAGCAUUGGAACUAAUAUCACAAAGCAAUCAAGUCAACUGUUAAAUUAUGUGAAAGAACAGAAUCUAUGGAAAGGUGAAAGAGAAAUCAAUUUUAAAGAAGCGUUCUCUGCAGGAGGAUGUCCUAGAGAAGAAGCUGGCCGUAAACUUCUUUAUGAUUUGACUGCUGAUGGAAAGUUUGAUGUGAAGCGGAUGUUUCAAAUUCUUCGAGAUAAACCGUCUACAAUCUGUCGGCCAGCAAGUGAUCCAUUCCACACAUCUGCAAGCUGGGUAUCUGUGUUGAAUAGUAAACUUCCAUGUCAUUGGGUAACAGCUACACCUGAUCCAUCAGUUAGCGUCUUUAAACCAUUUACUUUUUCAACAUCACCAAUCAUACCAUCCGAAAUUGUUAGUCCAUUAUAUGGCAAAGACCCAGCUAAAACAAAGCCUCGAUUUCAGUUCAAAGUGGAUCGUAGACAUGCACUGUACAAGUUACAUAAUAGAGCAAUGAGCAACCCUUCAGUAAGUAAGAAACAGAAAGAUUUUGAGCUUAAACUCCUAGAAGAGACAUCACAGAUUUUAAAAUGUGUAGAAGAAAGAAAGGGCGACACGAAAACUUGUAAUGAACUUUUUAAAAAUGCUGUUGAAUCAGAAAUUACAAUGUAUAGUAGCUUAUUGUAAUACUAACUGCAGACUAUUUUAGUAAAAUGAUUGUUAGGUGAUGAUGUUUGUGAAAUAAUAGUAACCAACACCUUUGAUGAAGCAAGUCGGAGGUCUUUUGUUAGCUUUAGGGCCUAUAGAAUUCAACACAGCAAUCUUAACUAUAGAAGAAUGACAAUCUAAGUUGGUAUUUUAAUUAAGUUUGCGUUAAAUAUGUUGAAAUAUUUAGUUGGUGAGAGGAAAUAAAUUUGUUUAUGUUGAUGAAAGGUAA